CGGAACCGCACUCACGUAUUUAGUGAUCUUAAUUCAAUUCCAAAACUCCGACUAGAAAAAUCAAUAACAAUACAGAUGUUUCACGCGUCCAAAGCGCUGAUCAUCCUGUGGCGGUUGACCGGGUUGGGGACGUUCUCGUUGAGCAGCCGGCCGCCGCCACCGUCGUCCCGUCUGUCGGCCGUGUACGCAGUGACCAUUUAUUCGGCGUACGCUUACCUGUUCUCGGUGCUGACGUUCGGACGGCUGAGCACGUACAGUCGUCUUGAGAACAGUACGAGUAUGUUUCUGAUCCACGCGAUGAAGGACAUGAACGUGACGACGCUAUUCGUCGCGACCACGGCUGUUUACUGGGGCACGAUCGUGUACCGCCGGCAACACGUCCAGGUGUACGCCGAACACGCGGCCGCGGUACACCAGCUAUUCGGCACCGCGACUCCGGUCGGCCGCGCCAUGGGCGCGUACUGUUGGGCGCUGUACGUGUUGUUGGUCGUCGCCUUGUCGCUGGACGUGAGGCGGUACUCGGGCUCUAUGUCCUGGUCAUUCGGGGCGGUCUACAUUUGGAGCCAUUACGUGAUGCUCACCGGCCACAUGCAGUUCGGCAUCACCGUUUUCGGGCUGCGGCAGUGUUACAGCGAGCUCAAUUGCCGGAUUCGGGCCGGAAGCGCGGGCCGCUCGCACGAUUCCGGCCUGCACGAGUAUGGGCCCGCCGCCGCCGCCAACACUGCUAAAACGUCGUCUUCGGACGUCCCGCUGCAGAACGUCAUGUUCGUUUGCGUAUUGGAAAAAGUAAAUUUGCUUACAAUUUUGAAAUAUUGGUGCGAUGUGCAUUGGUCAAUCACACAAAUUGUAUUCAGAGUCAACAACUUAUUUAAGUUCCGAUUAUUCAUCUUCUUUCUUUGUGGAUUACUACAACUGACGCUAACACCAUAUUUGUUGUCAUUGACUAUACUCAAUGAGGAUAUUGAUGUAUUGCGUUACAUAUUAGAUUACACUUUAUGGUUCAUAAUUCAUAUUCUUCGAGUGGUUUUGAUGAUAUAUCCAUGUGCUCUACUAGGAGAAGAGGCUGCCAAAACACCAAUAUUACUUGGAAGCUAUCUUAAUACUAAAAUCGAUUUAUUUGAUUUAAAAAAGAUUGAAACUUAUGUACAACAAUUAGCUGCCAACACUCCAGAAUUUAGUAUAUACAGUAUGUUUAUUAUAAACAAACAAUUAGUUGUUACAUUAACAGGAGCUGUUACAACAUAUUUGGUGAUAAUUCUACAAUUACAAGGUCAAUCAUAACGGAAUAUUUAUAAUAAAAAUAAAAAUAUGUACCUUUAUACUUAUGACG